AUGAGCAUCAAGUUCAAUGUGAAUGGCUUUCCCUACGAGAUCCAGGCGGCGGACUACGCCCCGGACACCACCCUCAACUCCUUUCUGCGGGAGCACCUGCACCUGACGGCCACCAAGUACAUGUUUGGAGGGGGCUGUGGCUCCUGCGUCUGCGUCAUCCGCAAGAGGCAUCCGGUCACCCAGGAGGUGCAGUCCCGGGCAGCCAACUCGUGCCUCACUCUACUCAACACCUGUGACGAUGUGGAGAUCAUGACGGAUGAGGGGCUGGGCAACCAGUUGACCGGCUACCAUCCAAUCCAAAAGCGACUGGCUCAGAUGAAUGGAACCCAGUGUGGCUACUGUUCGCCAGGUUUUGUGAUGAACAUGUACGGAUUGCUGGAGCAGCACCGUGGACAGGUGAGCAUGGCGCAGGUGGAGGAUUCUUUCGGGGGAAACCUGUGCCGCUGCACUGGAUAUCGACCCAUCCUGGAUGCCAUGAAGUCCUUUGCGGUGGACAGCUGUAUAGAGGUGCCUCCCGAAUGCGUGGACAUCGAGGACUCCUUCGAGUUGCUCUGCCCGAAGACUGGACAAUCCUGCAAGGGAAGCUGCUCCAGACCUCCUCUGAGGGAUCAAAGUGGAAGUCACUGGUAUUGGCCCAAGUCGAUGGCGGAACUCUUCUCGGCUCUUGGCCAAGUGGCUAAUGGGGAACUCUACAUUCUGGUGGCAGGGAACACGGCUCACGGAGUUUACCGACGACCCAGGAACAUCCUCCACUACAUCGAUGUGAACAUGGUGCCGGAGUUGAGGCAGUAUAGCAUCGAGUCGGAUCACCUGUUCCUCGGCGGGAAUGUCACUCUCACGGAUGCCAUGCAGGUUUUCCUGCUGGCCGCCAAGAGACCUGGAUUCGAGUAUUGUGCCCAGUUGUGGCAGCACUUCAACCUGAUCGCCAAUGUGCCGGUGCGAAAUAACGGCACACUAGCGGGCAACAUAAGCAUCAAGAAGCAGCACUUGGAGUUUCCUUCUGAUGUGUUCAUCACAUUCGAGGCCCUGGAUGCACAUGUUCUAGUCUACGAUAAUCCCACAACCCAAAGAGUAAUGACCCUUCUCUCCUAUAUUAGCGAUACAACUCCAAAACUGGUGCUUGGAGGAUUUAUUCUUAAAGCCUAUCCAAAGGACAGAUUCCUAUUCAGAUCGUACAAGAUCUUGCCAAGGGCACAGAAUGUUCAUGCUUAUGUGAAUGCUGGAUUCCUCAUCGAAUGGCAAGAUAUUCAGCGUAGGAUUGUGCGGUCUGCUCGAAUUUGUUUCGGUAACAUUCGACCAGAUUACGUUCACGAUGAAGAAGUAGAGAAUUUACUCCCCGGUAGAGAUCUUUAUGAUCCGGCAACAGUUACACAAAUAUUUCAACAACUACCAAAUAGCAUUCAAGCUGACGAACGGCCACCGGAAGCUUCUCCGGAAUAUCGACAGAUCCUGGCCUGCUCCUUGCUCUACAAGUUUUUAUUAGCCACUACUCCAAAGGAAAGAGUUAGGGAGCGUUUUCGCACAGGGGGCUUGCUUUUGGAAAGACCUCUGUCCUCGGGGAGCCAAACUUUUGAGACCAUCAAGAAGAAUUACCCAGUCUCGCAACCUGUGCAGAAACUUGAAGGUUUCAUUCAAUGCUCUGGUGAAGCUACUUAUAUGAACGAUUUACUGACCACUACAAAUGCGGUGCAUUGUGCUUUUGUCACUGCCAAACGAGUUGGUGCCACCAUCGAGCAGAUCGAUCCUUCUGCUGCUCUUCAAUGCAAAGGCGUAGUGGCAUUCUACUCGGCCAAAGAUAUUCCCGGAAGAAACAGCUUUGUUCUGAUGGAUCAAUUUACUCCUGAACAAGACGAGGUCUUCGCUGCUGGACGAGUGAAGUAUUACGAUCAACCUUUGGGAGUUAUAGCAGCUCUAACCCACGAUACAGCUGUUUAUGCAGCCACUUUGGUGGAGGUUACCUAUGCCAGGGAUCAGCAAAAGAUCUUCACCUCCAUAAAUCAAGUACUGGCCGAAAAGCAAACCGAUCACAUUGUUUGCUCAAAAAAGAAUACAGAGGAAGCUCUAAACUUGCCUCCUUUGGCACCUGGCGAUGUCAUUGGCAGAGGCAUUCUGGAAUUAGAAUCCCAGUACCACUUCACCAUGGAACCGCAAACGACGAUUGUGGUGCCACUGGACAACAUCCUGCAGGUCUACUGUGCCACUCAAUGGAUGGACAGCACCCAGGGAUCGAUUGCCCACAUGCUGGGCGUGAGUGUGAACUCCAUUCAACUCCAAGUGAGACGAGUGGGUGGAGCCUAUGGAGCCAAGGUCACCAGGUGCAAUUUGGUGGCCUGUGCCGCCGCCCUGGUGGCUUCGAAGCUACGAAGACCAGUGAGAUUCGUUCAGACCAUCGAGUCCAUGAUGGAAACACUUGGAAAGCGAUGGGCCUGCCGAUCGGAUUAUGAGUUCCGUGUUCGCGCCAGUGGAGCCAUCAUCAUGCUGACCAACAACUUCUACGAGGAUGCCGGCUGCAAUCUGAACGAGAACGUUGUUGACUUCCUCACAAAGCCAAGUCUAAAGAGUGUUUACAACCUGACCGAUUCGAACUUCAGGGUGACAGGCAGUGCCAUCGUAACUGAUGCACCCAGCUCCACUUGGUGUCGAGCUCCGGGAUCUGCAGAGGGCAUUGCCAUGACGGAAAACGCUUUAGAGCAUAUCGCCUUCACUUGCCAAUUGGAUCCUGCGGAUGUUCGUCUGAUCAAUCUUGAGCCUGGAAGCAAAAUGGUGCAGCUCCUGCCAAGAUUUCUGGCAACUACGGAAUAUCGAAAGAGGAGGGAACAGAUCAACAUAUUUAAUACCCAGAACCGAUGGCGCAAGAGGGGUCUGGGAUUAUCCUUGAUGAGUUUUCCACUCAACACAGCGGUGGCCUUCAACUAUCCAGUGACAGUGGCAAUUUACCGGGAGGAUGGAUCGGUGGUCAUUUCCCACGGAGGCAUUGAGAUCGGUCAGGGAGUGAACACCAAGGCGGCACAAGUGGCUGCUCUUGUGCUCGGAGUUCCUUUGGACCAGGUUCGAGUGGAGACCAGUAAUACGGUGAGUGGAGCCAACUCCAUGCUGACGGCCAACUCGAUGACCAGCGAGAUGAUUGGAUUGGCGGUGAGGAAAGCCUGCGACACUUUGAACAAACGAUUGGCUCCUGUGAAGGAGAGACUUGGACCACGGGCCACCUGGAUGCAGGUGCUCCAAGCUGCCUUUUUGCAAUCCGUCUUUCUCAUUGCUACUGAAUCAUACAAAUUAGGGGAUAUACCAAACUACAACAUCUACGGGCUGAGUCUCACCGAACUGGAACUGGAUAUUCUGACGGGCAAUCAUAUCAUCCGACGUGUGGACAUCCUGGAGGACGCUGGCGAGAGUCUGAGUCCGAACAUCGAUGUGGGUCAAGUGGAAGGCGCUUUUGUGAUGGGCUUGGGCUACUAUCUCACCGAGCUGCUGGUCUACGAUCGCCAAACGGGUCGCAUCCUGACGAAUCGCACCUGGAACUAUCAUCCUCCGGGGGCCAAGGACAUCCCCAUUGACUUUCGCAUCGAACUGCUCCAGAAGAAUCCCAAUCCGGUGGGUUUUAUGCGAUCCAAAGCCACUGGGGAACCGGCUUUGUGUCUGGCUGUUGGGGUUUUGUUCGCCAUGCAACAUGCCAUUCAGUCGGCCCGAAAGGAUGCAGGACUUCCCAGGGAGUGGGUCAGAUUGGGGGCACCCACCACCCCGGAAACGGUGGUGCUGAAUUCCGGUACCCACGUGGAAUCCUUCUCCUUGCAAUAAGGUUAAUUCCGAUCCGUAUUUUAAAGAUUUUAUUUGGUGCGUGGAUGUGGUAAUCAACUAAAUUACAUUUACAUAAAAGAUCUGUUAACGCGUGUUGAUUAAUGGUUAAAGUAUAAAAAUAUUUUAUUAAAAUGUUAUGUUUUAAAGUAUAUA